CAUGGAGGCCACAGCUCUCUGCAUCAGACUGUUGAUGAAUGUGUUGAUGCUGCUGGUUGCACAAGUUGACCUUAAUUAUUCUCAGGAAAGUGAAGCUGUGAUUGUUCGAACCAAACUGCAGUUCUUUGAAUACAGCUCCAUCUCUAUUAACUGUGAGGGUUUUAACACCACGACUGGGUGGACUGUCAUGAGAAUGAUCAAGGGAACGGGAAAGGUCAGCGAGUGUGUCAGUACCUGGGUGACAACACCAGCAUCCGUCUGCGCCAUCAAACCCGUUUAUUCAACAGACAGUGGAGAGUACUGGUGUGAGACUGGAGAAGAGAGAAGCAACACUGUCAAUAUCACUAUCACCGCUGGGGGUGUGAUCCUGGAGAGUCCUGCUCUCCCUGUGAUGGAGCCUGACGCUGUGACUCUGCGCUGUAGAAGCCACAUGUCCUCCUCAGCCCUCAUAGCGGAGUUCUAUAAAGAUGACCUCCCCAUCGGCACCAGCUCCACAGGAGAGAUGACCCUCCGUGCUGUUUCUAAAUCUAACGAAGGACUUUACAAGUGCAGCAUCUCUGAGUUUGGAGAGUCCCCACAGAGCUGGCUGGCUGUCAGAGCCAUUAUGCUGCCCACUAAUGGGAUCUGCUCCCCAUGGAACUAA